CGGAUUAGGAUAGGGAGCGAAGAAGCACAAAAACAGUCACUGAAAGCUAAAAAGCAAAGCAGAGUGAACCAAAAUGGCAACCAAUGGAGUCUCAAUCUCAGCAACAUUCUCAGUUUCUGCUUCCGCUUAUCCCGUAAAACCACUCCGUACGACUCCCAAUAACAGCCCUUUUCUGAGGUUGCCGUUUCGAAACCAUGUCGUUUCGAAUUCUUUCCAACAACGUUUCACAAUUAAAGAGAUAAACACGAAGAAGCAGAAGCAGCUGCUGAGAAUAGUGAGGUCUGUGGAAGAAGAAACCCAAAUAAUUCCAGAGGAACAACAACUUGGAGAAGCAGAAGUAGAAACGUCGUCGUCUUCGCCGGACCAACCUGCCGUUUCGGUACCCGUUUCUCCUUCUGACAUCCUUACCAUGUUCUUUCAGGCAGAGGGAGUCAUGAAUGAAGCAACUGUUCCUACUGUCACCAAAGCCUUAGAGGAAACAGAGGGCAUUACUAAUUUGAAGGUUAAAGUGGUUGAGGGCAUUGCAAGUGUUGAGUUGACAAAACAGACAACAGUACAAGCUACAGGAGUAGCUUCUAGUUUGGUUGAGACCAUACAAGGUUCAGGCUUCAAGCUGCAAACUUUGAAUUUGAGUUUUGAAGAUGAAGAGGAUUCCGUUGCCUAGAACUUACGAAACUCAGAAAAAAUUUAUUUAUCCAUGAGCUCUAUUUCCUUAGAAUCUUGGUAUGUAGGCAUAUGAUUAGACAUACUGAACUGGUGGUGGUGGUGGUGGUGAAAUACUGAAAUCAUUGCAAUGCUCAAGAGAUGUAAAAUGAUACUGCUUUACCAAGAUCAUUUUUAAAAUUCGAGUUGGCAAAUGUUGUUAUGCAGUGAUUGUGAUGUUUGCUAGGUAAAAUGAUGUUUCAAGCAAGUUUUCGGGUUUGGUUCUGCCCAUCAUAUCAAUGGCACUUUUUCAAGGUUCCAUUUUCACUGCA